CUGGCUGUAUCCUUUUGUAGGUCAAGUCUAGAGAAAAAGUACAAAAUGAAAUUAGAUUAGUCCCUCACGACUGGUAAAUGUGGAACAAAGAAAGCUGACUGAACUACAAUAGAGCGAAGUUUCUAGUCCCAAACUAUGCUCUACUAUUAAAACCAAUAAUUCUCCCACUAAUCCGGGGAUUCCAGAACAAGACAUCUAGUGAGAGAGGGGAAACGUGUUUCUAGAGUGAGAGAGAGAGAAAAAAAAAAUGCUGGAAGGAAAAGCUCUGGUGAAGGAAACAGACAUGCCAUAUAAGAUGCAGAUCCAAGCCAUGGCUUCUGCUUCUCAAGCUCUUGAUCGCUAUGAUGUCUCUGACUGCAUCUCAAUAGCUUCUCACAUCAAGAAGGAGUUUGAUAAGAUAUAUGGGUGUGGAUGGCAAUGUGUGGUGGGUUCAAACUUUGGUUGUUUCUUCACUCAUUCACAAGGGACUUUCAUCUACUUUGCAAUGGAGACCCUUAAUUUUCUAAUCUUCAAGGCUGCCUCUUCUUGAAUUAAUCUUGAUGGUACUAUGAAGAGAGAGAGAGAGAGAGGGGGGAGGAGUUCUUGGGGGCACUCUCUUGGAGGUGCCAUAGGGUUCUUCUGUGUAUGACAAUUAGUUAUGUAUAAUAUUUUGUAGAAAUGGGAGACUAGCAGUUAAAGUGUUUUGUAGA